AUGCCUGAAAAACAGCAAUCUUUGCCUCUGCGACAACAGCCGGAUCCCUACGAUAACGAACCACCAUCCCCUCCCUCGGAAGAUGAUAUGGCUCCAAAUCAGCAGCGAGGGCUCUACGAUGCCAUUUUCAUUAAGCUAGUACGCAGCGAAUUCUCGAAACAAGACUUCCUGCCCGAGGAUGACUUCGAAACGCUUAUCACCGAAGAUACCGUCAAAGAAGAAUUGGACAACACUCUCGAAGCUUUCGACCCAUCGCUUGUCAAGUACAUCGCAAAGCACGCGCGGAAGACAUUCGCCACAUUGGUUAUUCAGGGCAAAGUUCACAAGGCUGUCAAUCUUGAGAAAUCGAAAUUCAACGACGAUUACCUUCCUAUCGCUAACGAGGAAUCGGGGCUUACUUCUCUAAACGGGUUGUCCAGGGAUCGACACGCCUGGAGGUGGUUCAAGAGCUGGUGGACGCAAGAAAGAAACGAAUUCUGUGAGAAGCAAUGGACAUUCUUGUCACCGAUCUUCGAGAGUAAUAGCAUGAUGGAAGUCUUACAUCGAGACUGUCGUUUACCCUUUAUCACUUGUGAUUCGAAAAUUGAUGAGGGCAGUUUCAGCUUCGUACACAAGGGUACUAUACAUCAUGCGCACCACAAGAUUAGCUCAGGAAAUCUCGUCAUUGCAAUCAAGGAACUCCGCGAUACAGCAGUAGGAGCCGAUCAGCGAGAACUUGCUGCCCUGGACCUUGCGCGGAAGUUGCAACAUCCACAUAUCGUACCAUUUGUCGGCGGUUUCAGACAAGGCACCACAAGUCACUUGCUCUUUCAGUGGGCAGACGGAGGUAAUCUACGAUCGUACUGGAACAACAAGGAGAAUUGGUCUCGGGACGCAGAUCUCAUAAGCUGGACAAUCGAGCAGAUCAAAGGCCUCUUCUCGGCACUUAGAAAAUGGCACGACCUGGAUGAGCUAUACAGCACCCCAUUGAACGGUCGACACGGAGAUCUGAAACCAGAGAACCUUCUGAGGUCUCUGGGAGCACCAGGCAGUCGGCGAUCCAUUUUCCAGAUUGCGGACCUAGGAUUAGCCAAGAUACAUUCGAAUCCAACACACGCCCGUAACAAACCUUCGUCAACUCUGGGUGGGACCCCCAGAUACAAGCCACCUGAAGACAAGCCCAAAAUCUCGAGGUCUUACGACAUGUGGAGCAUGGGUUGCAUUACCUUGGAGUGGAUAAUAUGGUUGGUCUACGGUAUCGAUGAGCUCGGAGCCUUUUACGAGCAAGCGUGUCCCGAGGAUUGUGACUCGUUCUGGUCGCGUGAAAGCGACGAUCAUCCCACUCAUCCAGGAGUGAUUUCCUGGAUGAAACACAUGACCGACACAUGUCUGGCAGACGAAGAGCAUUGCUACAGCAUUGCUCUGCGUAAACUUCUCAUUUUCGUGAGGAACAGACUGCUAGUACCAGAUCCGGUAGAUUAUGACACAACCGACACAACUCAACAGUCAAAGGAGAACAGCGACUUAUCCAUAUUGAUUACACCUGCUCCGGAUGCCGGGUCGAUAAAGUCCUUAUCAGGGCGGGCGAAAUGCAAAGAUGCUUGCACGGAGCUUGAAAACAUCAGCUCGAUUCCGAAUGGCGUCCGAAACUACAUGUAUAACCCAGGAGUCAAUAUGAACGGCCCAAAUGGUCGGGGUCCAUCAAAGCGGAUAUCGAGCAAACUUCAGGUGCCUUCGACCUCCAGCUCUCAUCAAGAGGUGAAUGGCCCCCUCGACAAUCGAUGA